AUGUCGACACAGUCGAACUGGUCUGUAGACGAGUCCCGUACAGACGGACUCGGUCUCGAAGACAGCCCAGCGGAUUGGAACUUCGUGUGGCUCUUCUCCUCGACAGUCGUCCUCAGCCGCACAGUCCCUUAUCACGACCCCAAAACAACAACAAAGCAACAACAACAACAACAACAACAACAACAACAACAGUAUUGGAAUGGGUUGACUUCGUUUUCGAAACUUGGUUGGAAGCACUUUGUCCCAACUCCUCUACUGUAG